AUGCCAUCUUCGCCGUCCGUUAAUUCGAGUCCGUCGAAGUCCCAAAGCCCUUCACAACGCCCAUCCCCUCCUCAAGACCUGCCAGAGCUCGAAGACCUCCACGGCAAUCCGUUGGAUCGACCCUUUAUACUGAUUCCGGUUCUUGUCAUAUUUAGCAGCGCAAGCGAUACAACGUCGAUAAAAACAGACAUAUGCGCAUAUAGAUUUGAGAAUGGUAGAAGAUACCACGCAUAUAAGGAUGGUGCCUAUUGGGGGCCAAACGAUGAUCGGCAAAACGAGCAACUCGAUAUUGCACAUCAUAUGUUUUCGCUUUUAUUAAACGGAAAACUUCUCCUUGCACCAAUCGAUGAGAAUAUACAGACUGUCCUUGAUCUUGGAACUGGUACAGGAAUAGUAUGUGUGUCCAGUGACUUCGCCGACGAAUACCCCUCCGCCGAGGUUAUUGGAACCGACCUAUCUCCAAUUCAGCCCGCCUUUGUCCCACCGAAUCUCCGGUUCGAAAUUGAUGAUGCCAGCGAAGAUUGGACAUUUCCAGAAAACCAUUUCGAUUUGAUACAUAUUCGCGCCCUUUAUGGUGCGAUAUCAGACUGGCCAAAACUUUACUCCCAAGCUCUUAGGCAUUUAAGACCUGGCGCAUGGUUUGAUCAGAUAGAGAUGUCCAUCGAAUUCCGAUCGGACGAUGGAACCGUUACUGAAGAUCAUGUGCUUGCGGUAUGGUCGCGGACAUUUAUCGAAGCUGGUGAAAGGAUUGGCAAGACCUUCCGUAUCGCAGAUCUGGCUAAAAAAUAUAUGGACGAUGCCGGCUUCGAAAACGUUGUGGAGACGAGAUUGAAACUCCCUGUGGGAGGCUGGGGAAAAGACAAACAGAUUAAACGGCUAGGCCAGUGGAAUCUCCUUCAUUGCGAAGAGGGCAUCGAAGGCUGGGCCAUGGCCUUACUCACCAGAGUCAUGCAGUGGACUUAUGAAGAUGUCCAAAUUUUUCUAGCUAAAAUGCGGGCCGGGCUUCGCGACCCGAAGACCCAUGCAUACUUCUAUGUGUAA